CGAGACUUCAAACGAGAUCGGAAAAAAAUAUUUUUUUCCAAAAGUUAUAAUCAAAAGCAAAGGAAAAACUGUUUAAUGGAAGACAUUGUUACUGUAGACAUAGAAUCUAGCAGAACUGCAAAAUGUCGGAACAAGAAAUGAAAUACUGCAGCAAUUGUAAGCGAGAUAUUGCCAUGGUGAACUACACCAUGCAUGAGUUACAUUGUCGUAGGAACAUUGUGUUGUGUGAACACUGCAAAGAACCAGUGCCCAGAACAGAAAUGGAGGAACACUUUGAGGAAGAGCAUGCAAAAGUUAAUUGUGAACUCUGUAAGAAGCCUAUAGAAAAGUCCAAACUUGAAGAACAUAAGGAUGUUUGUCCUAAAAGACUGGCUAAAUGUCCGUUUUGUGAACUAGAGCAGCCUCAUUCUGAAUUGAAAGAACACGAAGACUUCUGCGGAACAAGGACAGAGUUUUGCGCGAACUGCAGCCAGUACAUUAUGGUAAAACACUUAAAUCAACACGAGGAUUCAAACUGUGCAUUCCCUGAACCUAAAAACCAGCCCAGCUCCCAGAAUUCCCGACAUGAACCUGAUAUUAUUGCCUUAGAUGAUACGUUUAGUCCAUUUGCGAUGGAGGAAUUUGGUCGUUUGACUGACAUGCACAAUUUGGUUAACCCAAAAACUCAUGGAGCAUAUGGGGGAGCAAAUGUUAAUUCAAAUACUGGGAUUAAUGCAAAUCGAUCAAAACGGACAAAUGGCAACACUGUUCCACAGAAUAGACCAAAUAGAAGUAACAUGCCACGCAGCUCUGCAAUAACUAGUCAUAGCUUACCACGCAAUAGGGGAACAAACCAAACUUUGCCACACAACAGAAGUACAAACCAAAACGAGUUGCCACGCAGUAGAGAUGCAGCUGGGGUUGAUUUACCACGUAAUAGACAAGCCCAGGGAAUUAAUUCUAGCAGUAACUCAACCAACAGAACUAAGAAGGUUUUGAACAAAGGAUCAGGAGCAGCUAGUAACCCAAGAACUACAUCUAGUAAUAUUCCUGACACUGGAGGAGGAUCCAGUGGAUUAGGAAAUGACCUUGACAGAUUGCUGGCCAUGCACUUGGCACAUGAUCUCACUCCAGAUGACCUUGAUGACCCUGACCUUGAUGAAAGGUCAAAUAAUGAAGAAUGCCUGCCUUGUGAGUUCUGUGGAAAACCUUUUCCAUUUGACUCCCUCAUACAACACCAGACUGGUUGUGGCCCCUCAGAGCUCCAUACCCCAUCCCCCGACUCCAAUAUCUCAACCCCCAUUCCUGAUAGAGCUUCCACCCCUCCAAAUGCCAUACAUUCCAACCCUGAUGCCAACAAUAGUCCCUCCAGAAGGAACACAUCGCCAAGGACCAAUCCUCCGCCAAAUAUGGUUGAUAACCUAGCGUAUCUCACAGCACAUGAAUGGUUCUCUUCAACCUCAACCAAUAUUCCGCCAGAAUUUACGACGGAGAGUGAUAUCAUGUUGCCGUGUGAAUUCUGUGAUCAGCUCUUACCAGAAGACUUCCUUGUACAACACCAGGCUGUAUGCGCAGCAAAUAGAGCAGCCACCCCUGACAUCACUAACCUUCCCUCAAGGUCACAGCCAAGGUCAUCAGUGAGGCCAACAGCAAGGUCACAACAGCACCAAGCCACAGCUGCAGUGAACUCCAUUGCAAUGAAAUCUAAACGCCACCAAUCAGGUCCAAGUUUUACAUUCCUUAAUGAUACGUCCAAUUCAGUUGUGCCAUCUGGUGGUACGUCCUACCACAGAACUGAACAUACAAACGGUCAAACGAAACCUAAAGAUAAAAAUAAGUUCUCUGAACGAAAUAUAGAUGGCAGUAUAGUAGAUAAAACUUAUAAAAUGAUGGGGUCUACACAUUCUACUCACAGGGACUCUAGAAGUAAUCAUCAAAUUAAACCAAAAUCUAAAAACAGAUCCCUUAGCAGUGGAAAACAAAGUGAGACUAAUGAGUCACGAUCAGGUAGUGCUGCAAGGACACGACGGACAUUGGAUCGUCUUUUGGAAGACCCCACAUACACUACAGCAGAUUUACUAGCCCAUAUGGAUUCCUAUGUAGAAUCAGUGGAUAGUAAUGCUGCUAUGGGGUCUAAAAAAGAUGCUAGUGGUGCUACUGGGGGGUCUGUGAGAAGUAAGAAGAAUGAAAGUGCAGAGCUUGACAGAUUAUUUGGUGACUUAGCCUUGGAUGGUUAUAAUGAUUUAGCCACAAGGCGACCCAGUCAUAAUGAUGGACAGAGAAGCAGGAAGCCAAAGUCUGAUACGCCAGAGUUAGGAGCUGUAGGAUAUCAAGCCAGUUUUGCUGGUGCAUCCCCCAACAGCCACAAACCUAGGAAAAAUAGAGCGUUCCACCAGAGGGACAUAGGAGAUGCUCUAGAAGAUUCCGUCUUGAGACCUGCUCAAUCCUCAGCUGGCAACAGAGUGAAGAAGAAACCAGGAAGCAAGACAAGAAAGUGAUCCAAUCAGUGAAGGAACAACAGAAUUCGAAAGUCUGUCGAGACCUUCAAAUACAUGGCUUAUAUAGCGUCAACUCGCAACCCAAUGGCUUGACAAACAUGCAUACACAAUAGACAUCCUAUCGAGUAUCAUAAUGCAGUAUGGACAAUUUUGCUUGUAACAUGUAACAAAACAAUACAACUAGGACAUUCGCUUCCAGAAAUAGUAGUGAUGCUUUAACCUUGAACAAAGGGCCACAUAGUUUAUCCCAGACAACAACUUAUUAACUUAUUUUUCAGUGACCUUGACCUCAUUUUUACAAAAAGGUAAUGUUUAAUGCAUUACUAUUCUU